UGGUUGGAUAGCACAGAUGCAUAACCAAUUUUUUGAUAAAAGCUAGGUUCGAUGGAUUCUUUCAAACUCGUUAGCCCCGAAUCGUUUAGUUGAUGCGCCCCAUCAGCGAACGCAGUAACUGGCGACUGCUGCUCAGAAGAGAGAGAGAGACGGAGAGAGUGGGGAGUCGAGGAAAUGGACGGCGACGAAUCAGAGAGCUUGGAGUUUUCUAUAGUGAAGCGCGCCAUCGCCUCCUUUCCUGCUUACGCUGUGAAGGACCUUUUGUCCAUUGGGGUCUGUCCCAGAUGCAUACUCCGCUUGUUUGGUGUGAAAGACAAUGUCUAUUCCUUCUCACAUUUUUCCAAGUCAUUUUUGUGCUCGGUGUUAGAAAGAACCACUUCCAUCGUGACAAUGGGAAAAGAUAAUGACAUUGAACAUGAGUACAAUAAAGUGAUAGCUCCUCCAAAAUCAGAAGCAACAAAUGAGUUGUGCAUUAUCUGCUUUGGGAUAUUGCAAUUUGUGUAUGUUUAUAACAAAGAGCCAAAUUUGAUAUCCGAAGAAAGUGGCAAAGAUGACCUUGCAGUUUUGGUUGCUGACCUGGUCAAGAACGCUGGUUAUGAGAGUGAUGGUUUUUUUCUUGAAGUUUCUGUACCAUCAGCUAUUAUGAUUAACGAACAAAAUAUCUGGUCAUACAUGAAAAACAAAUAUGGUUCAGAAGAUUGGUACAAUAAAAUAAUUGCUGCCAAUCGUCUUUCAGUGAAGGAUACGUUGAAAUUGUCAAUUACCAAGUCUCUUGAAAAUCUAUUGGCUACCAGAUCUGCUGCUCAGUCCUUUCGAAUUCGUAUGACAUACACACAUAUGGGCAGCUCAGGCAACCCUGUUGAUUAUCCUUGUUCAGGUUUGGAUUGUUGCAGGAAAAGGAAGGCAGACGAUGAUGUUGAUACUCAAUCAGCUCCAGUGAUCAACCAAGAUAAUUUACCUACUGGUUCUAAAUCCUUACUACAGGAGGGCAAACAACCAUGUGAAUUACAAGUAACUUUUUGCAAAACACCUAUUUAUAUUGGUGGCAGGUACCUUAAGUACACAAGAAAUGUCAGCCAGACACGUUGGAUAAUUGAUGAUGAGAGGAUGGGAGAGGCAUCCGUAGAAGAGUUGAUUGGAAAAGUUAUUAUUAGCAAAUUAGGAGCUGAGAAUUUCAAGUUUCAUGCUGCUGGUAGAGAGGAUAUUGAUGUGCGGAUGCUUGGUUCGGGUCGUCCUUUCUUAGUUGAGGUUACGAAUGCACGCACUAUUCCUGCUUGUGAUGAUAUCAGAGAAAUAGUACAUUUAAUCAACAAUGAAAAACGUAGAUUGAUUGGGGUAAAAAAUGUCAAGAUAGUUGGCAAAGAGGCAUGGGACCUUAUGCGUGAAGGGGAGGCAGAGAAGCAGAAGCAAUAUUCUGCACUUGUGUGGAUUUCUCGCCCACUUACGGACCAGGACUUGGAGUACAUUUCUAACGUCAAGGACUUGGAAGUCAGUCAAAGAACUCCUAUUAGAGUUCUGCAUCGUCGAAGUCCUCUAGAGCGUAAAAGGAUAAUUCAUUGGAUGAGGGGUCAGAGAGUUGCGGGUAGCUCCCAGUAUUUUAUGCUGCACUUGUGUACCCAGGCUGGAACUUAUAUAAAAGAAUUUGUUCAUGGAGAUCUUGGGCGUACAGAUCCAAGCAUGAACUCCCUUUUAGGAUGCAGGGCAGAGAUUUUGCAGCUUGAUGUCACUGACGUGAAGAUGGAAUGUUUCAAUCAGUAAUCAGUUAACCGGUGCUGCUUGGACUAUAUAAAAUCAUAAUCUGUUCUCAGUAAGCUGAGAUGGUAGCAUUAGUGAAGGCUCCAUGUGAGAGUUUGCUAGAACAGAUGAUCAAACAGUCAGCUUGAUUGUGGUACACCUACCGUCAACAGAUUGCUACGAUAAUAUUUUCUCCAAGCCGAUGAUGCCAUGCUGAAUGUGGGCCCUCAAACUCUUGUCAGUUUGAAGUAUCAAAAGCUUAGUUGCAUUGUUGUGCAAGGUGAAACCUCGGUGAUGGCAGCCUUUCUCAACGUGGACGACAAAUUACAACCUUUCUCAAUUUGUAUGAUAAUUUCAAAGAUAAGAUCGAUAUCCUGGUUAGAUUCUUCGUUUUUGAUCUUUUCCUAGUUCGUAAAGCUUCAGGCUUGCUCCAGUAAAAUGAUGCACUUUUCUGUCAAACCUAAAUAGCUGUUGCUUCUUGUAGAUUUUGAAGGUUUUGGUUUAAUUCUAUGUAGCUGCUGCUAGUGAACUUGCAAAAUUGCUGCAAUAUGAUGUAUUGUGAAUGAUGCCUUUCUACA